CUGGUGUGAUCACGAGGGAAGAGGAGUUUGUGCGCUUCGAUCACGCGGCGCUGGUUCGAUUCGUGCCAUGGAGCGGUGUUGGUUGAAAUUGCGGGUUUCGGAGCUGCCCCUCUCCGCUUCCUCUCGCUCGCACCUCGCAGCCCCAGCGGCACCCUCGUCAUUCCACCGCUCUCUCCAUCGCAAGGCAGGGCUCAAAUCAACUAUCGCUGCUAUGCAGAAUCGGUCUCUUCGGGCCCAAGCGCGACUUCCGGGGGCUUCUUCUUCGUUUUCUUCUUCUUUUUGUAUUUCUUCUGUUUCUUCUUGUUAUUCUUCUCGAGGGUCAGCGGACUCUGCCGUCGCCGCAAGUGUGGACGACCUCCCCGAUGCUCGAGAACGCGACGCCGAGCUCGUCGGAAACGUGCAGGCGCAGUUGGUGCUCAUGCGUCACGGAGAGAGCAUGUGGAACGACUUGAAGCUUUUCACAGGGGAUGUGGAUAUUCCGUUGACCGAGAAGGGGGUGAUGGAAGCGCUAGCAGGGGGGAAAGCUGUCAGCGAAGUUGACUUCGACAUCAUUUUCACCAGCCGUCUGGUCCGCUCCAAACAGACCGCACUCAUUGCCAUGACCCAGAGCAAGUACAAACGUGUGCCAGUGCUGAUAAGAGGCGGGUACUACGGCAACGGUAAAACCGGCGACGAGAAUCGACUGAGAUUACGAGACGCAGCUGCGAAUGCUCUGGAGCAUGCGUCUUGUCUGAUGGUUCCCGUGUACGCGGAUCCAGCUUUGAAUGAGCGUUGCUACGGUGACUUGCAGGGUUUAAGCAAAGAUGCAGCAAACGAGGAAUUCGGGGAAGCUUUGGUCCAAAAGUGGCGCAGGAGUCAUGAUACCAGACCGCCCAAUGGAGAAACGCUGCAGGACACGUACCGAAGAACGACUGUGUUCUUCGAGCAGACCAUCGAAGCUCGGCUCAAGGAAGGGAAGAAUGUCCUCGUGGUAGCGCACGGAAACGUAUUGAGAUGCAUCAUCACUCACCUUUCCGGCUUGUCGAUCGACGAAAUGCUUGCUCUUCAGGUGGCGACAGCAUUGCCCUAUGCUUACGCAUACAAUGGACAUUGUUUUGCUCAACAUUGCCUACUGCCCCCCACGCAUUCAGAUAUUCAUCACAGCUCGUGGGGUUGGGAUGGGACAGCUUCGGCUUCCAAAAAGGGGGAUCUUGAUUCCUUAAUAUAAUCCAGAGCGUUUUCACCUCACUUUGUGCAAAAAAUGUAUUCCACGUGGGCCUCCGCCUGUUUUGAUUGGAGCUAACGACAUUGAAGUUGAAGCUAGUACCGACUAGAGUUCAGAAGACAAUGGCCGGUGUCUGUAUAUGGAAGGAGCGGAUAAAUUUUCAAUCCAAAAUUCAUUUGACAGUUGCCUUUCCACUCCAUUACAGUCAUCU